AUGAGAGCCCUGCUCUCCUUCAGCGCCAACACAUGUCAACUCAACACAGCAGCCGAGGAACUUCAGCCACUUUGCUCCUUAAGGGUUAACAAAGGACAACAGAGCGGAGGAGGGAAAGAGCGAACGAGGGACUUCCCCUUCCUGCCCCGCCUCUCGGCAGAAAUGCAGGCUGGAAGCGCUCAGAGCCCCUCUUCGUGCGCUGCGAUGCUGGCGAGCGGGGUUGCGCGGAGGGAGCCUCGAAACAGAAGAUACAUCUGGGGGGUCAAGGCUGAGGGAGAACCAUCUGAAAUAUCACUGGAAAAAGCUGAGGAGCAAGUGCAGGAGCAGAAACGGAGGAGUCAAUAUGGAGCAAAGAGACAAGAGGAGAGACAGACUCACACAGGGGACAAACCCCAUAAAUGCUUGGAGUGUGGAAAGAGCUUCAGUCGCAGUAGCACCCUUACUUUGCAUCACAGAACUCACACAGGGGACACACCUUAUCAAUGCUUCAAGUGUGGAAAGAGCUUCAGUCAGAGCAGCAACCUUACUGUGCAUCAAAGAACCCAUUCAGGGGACAAACCCCAUAAAUGCUUGGAGUGUGGAAAGAGCUUCAGUCGGAGUGACACCCUUAGUAUACAUGAAAGAACUCACACAGGGGACAAACCUCAUAAAUGCUUGGAGUGUGGAAAGAGCUUCAGUCGCAGUAGCACCCUUACUUUGCAUCACAGAACUCACACAGGGGACAAACCUUAUCAAUGCUUGGAGUGUGGAAAGAGCUUCAAUCAGAGUGGCCACCUUGCUUUGCAUCAAAGAACUCACACAGGAGACAAACCUUAUAAAUGCUUGGAGUGUGGAAAGAGCUUCAGUCAGAGUAGCAGCCUUACUUUGCAUCACAGAAGUCACACAGGGGACAAACCUUAUCAAUGCUUGGAGUGUGGAAAGAGCUUCAAUCAGAGUGGCAGCCUUGCUUCGCAUCAAAGAACUCACACAGGAGACAAACCUUAUAAAUGCUUGGAGUGUGGAAAGAGCUUCAGUCAGAGUAGCCACCUUUCUUUGCAUCACAGAACUCACACAGGGGACAAACCUUAUCAAUGCUUGGAGUGUGGAAAGAGCUUCAAUCAGAGUGGCCACCUUGCUUCGCAUCAAAGAUGUCACACAGGGGACAAACCUUAUCAAUGCUUGGAGUGUGGAAAGACAUUCAGAUCGAGUAGUGCCCUUACGAUGCAUCAAAGAACUCACACAGGAGACAAACCUUAUAAAUGCUUCGAGUGUGGAAAGAACUUCAGUCAGAGCGGCCAACUUAUUUCGCAUCACAGAACUCACACAGGGGACAAACCUUAUCAAUGCUUGGAGUGUGGAAAGAGCUUUAGUCAGAGUAGCAAACUGAAUUUGCAUCACAAAACUCAUACAGGGAACAAACCUUAUAAAUGCUUGUAGUGUUGAAAGACCUUUUGUCAGAAUGGCUACCUUCAGCACAUCAAAGGAUCUGUAAAAGGGAAGAGAUGUAUAAAUGCUUUGCAAGGAUCCAUAUGGGGAAGCCAGGCUACAAAUAGGAUUUUUAUGGGGAGUUUCAGACCCCCGACAGUUCUUCUUUUACCUUAACCACAGACUGUUCCAUUUCCUUCACCUGCUAGUUCGGUGGCUUGUCAGUUUUUCCUUUGCAGAGACAGAGAGUUUUUGGCUUUUCCAGAGACGGGUGAGCACCCAAGUUAUCCAGUUUUUCCCUAUCGUAUCCCCCCCUCUGGCAGUUUCUAGCUGCCAGAUUCAAUAUUCAAUUAAUGACAUUUCAUGUAUUACUUUAUCUGCUUCCUGUAGUUCCUCCCCCUCUGUCAUUGUUACCUCCAUGUGCAUCAAUCGAACAUCAGUUUUCGUGAUGGACUUAGUAGUCUUUGUCACACAACAUCUAAUACAAUGUAACACCAACUGGAUUAUUACACCAGCAAGCAUAAUCCCAUUAGAACAUAUUUUAGCAGAUUUUUUACUAGGCCUCCUAGCCAUCCACCUUGAUCCGGUAGCCAUCCCCACCAAUCAAAAUCGCUACUCCAGUGAACAUAAGCUACUUCUGCUAUUUUCUCAGCAUGUUAUAUUAUGGAGUUAGCAUAGGAUUCAAUCUCUCCAGCUGAACUGUUUAUGUAGGAACAACAUUCGUUCCCAAUGAUGGCGCAAGUCCCUCCAUCUUCAGCAAACAAAUAGUCCAGCGCCAUCCUGUUUUGUAGAACCAUUUUCUUUAUUUGGGUUUGGGUUGCCGGUAGGGUCUUUAUAGCCAUAGAGGCCAGCGGAAGAGCUUCUUUGGUCUCAUUUGCAAGAAUUUCCACUACAGAUUGAAGUCUCAAUACUCCAGAACCUAUGGUGGCCAUGCCAGCCAAGGGCAGGAAAGACCACCUUAUUACUGAGCUCAUCGUUAAGGGCCUGCGGUUUUCUAUGUCCCAUUGUGCAGAGUGGCGAGUAGGUUAUGAUUUCUUUUUUCCCCUCUGAUUCGUGAGGCUCUCUUGUUCCUGAUUCUACCAACUGGGAGUACCUGAGUGACCCUGACAGCUGGUAUAAGCGAGGCAGCAUAGCAGGAGCCAAUCCAAUAUUUUAGCAAUAUUUUAUAGGCUUUAUCCCCAGAACAAUAAUGUUCAGCUAGAGCUUCCCAUGGGCCUUUGUGGAAGAGGGAAAGACCAGCUUUUCCAUGGUUGAACAUAGUACCUUUAGUAGUAGGGGCCAGCUAUUCCCCACCAAGGGACACCAUCACCUGGAUCAUGGGGGUUCCUAGUCCCAUUCUGAAAACACGCUUCCCAAUUGUUCAGGUAUUUACAGACCCAUGCCUGAUGACCACCAGAAUUGUAAAGGCAGAAUAAUGGAUCAUGUUAUCAAUAGAAUAGUUACAGGGAUCAUGAAAAUCAUGAUAAUUUCGGCAGAAAGUGGGAUUCUGGGUGUGGUUAUUUCUCCAGUCCUUUCCUUUCCUUUGGUCUUGUUUCCCAAAAAACAACUCACCUAAUCUUGCCAGGGCAUACCAAACUCCCUUUUGUUGGGCCACAGGGGCUAUGUCCCAGGUAGAAUUUGCACUUAACCAUUUCCAUUCCAUAGGCACAAAAAUGGGGGCUGUGUCAGUGAUGUUCUCUUCAGUCAAAGGGAUGGGUACAAGGGCAAUGCCUCCGUCCCCAUGGACAGGGAGUAGGGAGCAUAUCCAACAGUUACUCACAGUAGAGUGAAAGAGGCCAACAUGUAUAUAAAGAAACACCCCCUUUCUGCAUUUUCCAGUAUUAUCUUGGCUUGCCUCUGCAGGCAACUCUUCAAGAUUUCAUUGUCAGUUAUCUUCCUCAAUCCAGCAGGAGUUUUAGGAUGAGAAACAUGAGCCAAAUUCAGUUGUAGCACCAGAACACCUCUUCCUUUCAGUGUCCAAAGUGGCUGUGAAUCCAGGUGCCACAAUGAGUGUGAAAGAUACAAGGUCAACAGGGAAAUUGUUUCAUGGGUCAAAGUCACAGCUGCCUGUCAGGGCUAAGGCUCACAAGAGGACUUUUUUAAAGGCUUUAUUCUGGCCUGUAGCUACUGUCUCCUAUCAGUCUGCCAAUCCGCACCCCAGGUGCUGGUAAUUAGGCUGUUAGGACUCAGGACCAGCUGCCGCUCUUCUAGGUCCUGGGUCAUGGGAAAACUUUGUCUCAUUUGCAUCAGGUACAGAAUCGGUUGGUAGAGGUUCAGAAGGAAGGUCUCUGGGUUCAGCUCAGCUCAACUUUCUUGCACUGUGACAUGUGUCCAGUUGUUUGCACCUUGAUGGCAGAACGGGUCGUCAGCAUCGCUAGAUAUGGACCUUGCCACCAAUCAACAGGGAGAGUGGGAUGACCAGGCUCCGUGACGGGCUCUGGAAAGGCCUCUUUGACCUAUGAAUGCAAUGUUCUAACAGCAUCAAUGAAUACACAACAGUACUUCAACAUGGCUUCAUCCUCUAACUUUAACGUGGAAGGAUGAGAGAGAAAACGUAGUGAAUAGGGCACGCACAUGGGCCAUGCCAUCAAAAUCUCGUCUGGAGACAAUCCUUGCUCACAGUUAGCAGUGCUGGAAGUGGGGCAAGAGCCACUGCUGUUUUUAUUCUUAUGCCUCUGUUAAUAUAAGGGAGAUAGAGUGAGGGUCCUCCAGCGGGCUAGGCUUGGCUGCCUUUACCUGUGCUGUGCUCUGACUUGUCUUCCUUCCAUCGCAGACUGAUUUGUCUUAGGGAAGCUUAUCUGACCCUCCUUCCUCCCUCUCUUCUUCUCCAACUAGUUCCUCUCUCCCUCCUGAGCCACGAGGGCAACUCCCAAGUCUGGGCAUUGCAGCUCCAGCUUAGUUAGAACUAAGU